CAAACAUAAAAACCAAUUUGCUAAAAUCCCACUUUAAACAAACUCAUAAAGCCCCAUCAAAAUUAAUCAGUUCUUGAAUUCAUAUUUUCCAACCAAGAUUUCUUUUUCCAUGUUCAUUAAAAAACAGCCCACAAACCAAAACUUCAAAAACUUUCAACUUUUUAUUGAUCACAAAUUGCCCAAAAAAACAGAGGACAAAAACAGAGGAAGAAAACCCUGAAACAGGGCAAAGUUUCCUCUGUAUAAAACAUGCUGAAUAUAUUCAAUAAAAGUCUCCGGCGACUCUGUAACAAGUUCCGGUGGCCGGUGCGCCGCCGUGCAAAGUCAAAAGUGAUCAUAAAAAGAUUUGGGAAAACAAAUUCAAGAGGUCAAGAUUCACUAAACACAAAUGGGUCAGCUACAAUUCAUCCAAAUAACCAUUUGGGUCAUUCCAAGCCCGAAAACCCAAUUCGGAUUGCAACGUUUAAUGCUGCUUUAUUCUCCAUGGCACCUGCAGUUCCUGAGCAGACUGAAAAAGGGUCAAAGUUUGACUAUGGUGAAGAAACUGAUUAUAAUGAUCAAGAGGUAAAAAAGUCUGUUUCCUCUGUUUCUUAUAGUAGCCCAAGAUCAAAAUCAAUGGUGGAUAGGCCAAAAAGUAUAUUGAAACAAUCACCAUUGCAUUCAAGUUCAAUAAGUAGUAGUUCAGAAACAUUAACAAAACAACAGAAAUUUGCUAAAUCAAAGCUUCGGGUUUCGAUAAAUUUACCCGAUAACGAGAUCUCUUUGAAACGAAGUGGGCAGUUGAGCUUUGUUAUAGACGAAACCGAAACCGAAACCGACCCGAGUUCAAAAAGUAAGGGAAUAAGUAAGAUUUUGAAAGGAAAAGGUGUUUUAAGAUCACAAAGUAGUUUUUCUUCAUCUAGAGGGAAUUAUAGGUCAACAAAGACUGUUCUUGAGGUAUUAAAAGAAUUGGAUGCUGAUAUUUUGGCUUUACAAGAUGUUAAAGCUGAAGAAGAGAAAGAAAUGAAGCCUUUAUCUGAUUUGGCUGCUGGUUUGGGUAUGCAUUAUGUUUUUGCUGAGAGUUGGGCACCCGAAUAUGGUAAUGCGGUCUUGUCUAAAUGGCCGAUUAAACGAUCAAAGGUUCAGAAGAUUUUUGACGAUUCUGAUUUCAGGAAUGUUUUGAAGGCAACAAUUGACGUUCCUCUAACAGGAGAGGUUGAUUUCCAUUGUACUCUUCUUGAUCAUCUUGAUGAGAAUUGGCGUAUGAAGCAACUAAAUGCAAUAAUCGAAUCUAACGAGAGACCACAUAUCCUAGCCGGAGGCAUCAACUCCCUUGAUGAAACAGAUUACUCACCUGAAAGAUGGACAGACAUUGUUAAGUACUAUGAAGAAAUGGGAAAGCCGACACCAAAAGUUGAAGUGAUGAAGCACCUAAAGAACAAACAGUACACUGAUGCUAAGGAAUUUGCAGGCGAAUGUGAAUCCGUGGUCAUUAUAGCUAAAGGACAAAAUGUGCAAGGUACGUGCAAGUAUGGUACAAGAGUAGAUUACAUAUUGGCGUCCCCGGACUCUCCUUACAAGUUUGUUCCCGGUUCAUAUAUGGUUUAUUCAUCAAAAGGUACUUCUGACCAUCAUAUAGUCAAAGUUGAUGUAACGAAGGUAGAGGUAUCUGGCCAACAACAGUAUGUUAGGAAGCAUCGACAUCCUAAACAAAAGGUUGUGAAAAUAACAAAUUCUAAUUCAUCCAAAGGGGUAUGGAAAAUGCAAACAUUAGAUAGAUAGUAGUAACACAGAUAAUGAAAUUUUUCUAUAUAUGUAUACGUAUACUGUUUUUAUUCGGUCUUUUUGGUUGGAAUGUGGUUUGUGUUUGUUUAGGAAAGAGGAAGAAGAGUAUCUUACCCAUGUAAAGUUUUAUGAAAUCUGUGUAGUUUAUUGUAUGUAUAUGUAUGUCUUAUGUUUUUUAUUUCUUGAAUUUUUUGUAUAUUAAAGGGAACAUAGACGCUUCUUUAA